AUGAUAAUUCAUGAACUUCAAACAUAUAAACUAAACAUUACUGCCUCAAUUUCAGACGACGAAAUUACAAAGAUAUUUCGUCGUCGUAAACUAUUUGUAACUAUCUUCAAAAUUCUUGUGGUGAAUCUGAGAAAUUCUGUGAAAAAGAUCUUCCAAACUUCAACCACAUUACAUGUUUCCAUGACUAACUGA